UCGUAUUUUGGUGUCCUCUAUGGCGUUCCGUCGCUUUGCCAGUCGUGUGCUCGCGUCUAGGGUUUGUAGUGUCCGAGUGGCUAGUCUUCUUUCCAGGAGGUGCUUGGAGGCACCAAUUUUCUCCAGUGGGUCGUCGUCAUGGAAUGGGAAGAGUCAGAGUUUGGCAGCUCUGGGAGCCGCUGGAGUGUUCACAUUUGCUUUGGUGGAGCUCGGAUUCAAUCAGGCUGCCCUUCUGGAGCAGGAUGAACAGAAAAGUGUAGAAGCUUUAGUGACAACGAAGGAGGCUCGCAAGCUCGAUGAAUCUUUCAUUUCGGAGCUGCAAGCCAUCUUCGAGGCCGAGAGAAUUGCUUUUGAUCCAGAUGAAAGGUUCAACCAUGGAAAGCCAUGGAAUACUUAUCAUCCCGUUAAACACAUUCCCGACGUUGUGGUCUAUCCAAGGUCGGCCGAUGAAGUUCAGGCAGCUGUAAAGCUUUGCGCAAAAUACAAGGUUCCAGUUGUUCCUUUUGGAGGGGCUACUUCUCUAGAGGGACAAACACUGACUCCCUCUGGCGGUGUUAGCAUUGAUAUGCAGUUGAUGAAGAAAGUAAAAGCUUUGCAUAUUGAAGAUAUGGAUGUGGUUGUAGAGCCAGGACUCGGAUGGAUUGAACUGAACGAGUUUCUAAAGCCUUACGGUUUAUUUUUCCCACUAGAUCCAGGUCCGGGAGCUACAAUUGGAGGAAUGUGCGCAACCAGAUGCUCGGGUUCGUUGGCAGUUCGUUAUGGCACAAUGCGGGACAACGUGAUAUCCUUGAAAGCAGUGGUGGCAAAUGGAGACCAAGUUAAAUCGGGAUCUCGUGCGCGCAAAAGUGCCGCCGGGUAUGAUUUAACGAGACUUAUGAUUGGAAGUGAAGGAACGCUGGGUGUCAUUACGGAGGUUACGCUGCGUCUUCAAAAAAUUCCCGAAGCCUCAAUUGUAAGCUUCAGAGCCUGUCUGAAUUAUUCACAGUGUUUGCUGCAGGUGGCCAUGUGCAACUUUCCUUCCGUAAAAGAUGCAGCUGAUGUUGCGAUAGCUACGAUGCAUUUGGGAAUCCAGGUGUCACGGGUUGAGCUCUUAGAUGAGAUGCAAGUAAAAGCAAUUAAUCUUGCGAAUGGAAGGAAUUAUCCUGAACAACCAACGCUUAUGUUCGAGUUUAUAGGAACAGAAAACUAUGCUCUCGAACAGGCAAAGCUUGUCCACAAAAUUGUUGUGGAACACAGUGGUUCUGAUUUUGUCUAUUCAAACACGCCGGAAGAAAAGGAGGAUUUGUGGAAAGUUCGGAAAGAGGCUUUCUGGGCUUGUUCGACGUUGAGACCUGGAGCAGAGGCCAUGGUCACUGACGUCUGUGUUCCUUUGUCGAGGCUAGCGGAGUGCAUCUCCACGUCAAAAGAAAUACUUGAUGCGUCCGCACUUCCAAGUGCUAUAAUUUCACAUGCUGGCGAUGGGAACUUCCACACAGUGAUCCUGUUUGAUCCGGCCAACAAAGACGAGGCCGAAGAAGCUCAGCACUUAUGUCAUAAGAUGGUGCACAUAGCUUUAGCGAUGGAAGGAACUUGCACUGGGGAACACGGAGUAGGCGUCGGCAAGAUGAAGUACUUAGAGGCCGAGUUUGGAAGCGAAGCGCUGUCUGCCAUGGGAAAGAUUAAAAAGUGCCUCGAUCCCGACAACAUUAUGAAUCCUGGGAAAAUUAUUCCGCGACAAUUCUGCUGCUAAGGCGUCUGUGGUACAAGGAAGUUUUAUUAUAAUCUCAAUAACUUCGUUUCUUUUC